AUGUCAUUACCGUUAGAUGUUAUCCUUGAAAGCUUGGAGUCAUCUCCGAAAUCAAUAAUCCCUAUACUUGCAACUUUACAUCGUGAUAAGGCGUUGUUGAAUGAUAUUUCUAAGACAGAUUUGAAGCAUUUAGUAUCACGUUCCUUAAAUUUAUCAAAAUCUCCUAUAGUAUAUAAUAAAUGGUGUGGGAUUAAUUUGAUCAGAAUAUUAGGCAAUAAUUACAAUAUUUUAGCUAAUGAAGGGGUGAAUUUUGUAAGUCAAUUAUUGAAAAUAUUAGAGAACUGUAAUCAGUCCUCUGACCCAAAAAUUUUAAGCUCAACCGUUGAAUGUUUAAACAGUCUAUGCGAUCAAAUAAGAGGAAAGCCAACUCUUACAAGAGAAGUUUUGACGCCUAGGUUACCAACAAUUAUCACAUUGUAUAUGGAAAAGAUUGCCUACCAUCCAUCUUUAAUUAUUGGGUCAUUAAACUCAUUAAUCAGGAAGCAUCCUACGACUUUCAGACCUUACGGUAAUAAGUUACGUAACAGGCUUAUCGAAUUUUUAAGUUCUGAAUCUUAUAAAGCCUUUCCUCAAGACUUGAAGCAAUUAAUAUGUGAAACCUUAGCGACGUUGCCGAUCAUCGAAAAGACUGAACCAGAUGCAAAAUGGCAAGGCGAUAUAGUAGAUAUCGUAAAGGAAUUAUCACAAGUUUUGCUUAUUUAUGAUGAAUUCUUGAAUUUAAAUGAUGAUUCUGAUUUAAUGGAAUUAUUUAAGAAAAUACCUCAAACCAGAGAAAGUGAAGCUCAAGGACUGAAUUUCAAGUUUGCUUCUUUAGAAAUAGAUAUAAACAAGCCAGAUACCAUUUUCCAAAUUUCAGAUAGAGUCGAACUUUUAUUGAGUAUUAUGAAGGCUUAUUUAGUUUCUGAAACUCAAUUUAGUGUAAGGGUUCCGAUUGGAUUGGUACUCAUAAUUAACGAAAUCAUUUGUUCUAUCAGUACUAAAUUUGUCCCUUUUAAAAAGGACAUUCGUGACGAGAAAGUUAAGAAAAUAAUUAAGUCUACAACUUUAAUAAACCAGCUUAAUUCUCUUAAUCUUUUGAGUGAAUUACCUAUCAAAUACCAGGGGUCAUUAAUUCCACAUUUGAAUAACAUAUUAGCAUUCUUGGAAAUACUAAUCCCUUUCUCUAAUAAGAGAAUUGAUUACCAAGAAGUAUUGUCAAAUGAAAUAUUCAUGUGCAAAUUGCUUGACUGUACUGGAAAUUUCUUGUCGCUUGUAUCAAGUUUGAGCGAUGCGUCACUUUUAAUAAGAUUUAUCGAUGUUGCACUUUGUUUGGUUGAAGAAAGAACACUUAAUUCUUCACCAGUUUCUGAUGGAAAGAAACAAAAUCACCAGGUUAAUGGAAAUAGGAAGAAAAAUAAAAAGAAGAACAAGGAGUCUGUACCAUUAUCGGAUUUGUUAUCCCACCAGCAUUUAUUCAAUGAAACAAUUCCAUCUUCAACUCUCAAAUCUACACGUAGGUUUGUGAAUAUCGUUAUAACAAGGGUCAGCUUACCACCAACUCAACACUAUAGAGUGUUCCGUUAUUUAAUUAUCGAAGCUACAGUUGCUAAGUCUUACAACAAAGACCAAAUUAUUUCUCAAGAAUUAAAACAUUUGUUAAUAAACUCUGUCUUAUAUCCGGGGUUCGAAAAGAAUUCAAUGCUUCCAAUUGUUACUAGUCUAUUAGGUGACGAUCCGCUAUUGAGUGUUUUUAAUAAUCCAAGAUUUCCACCUUUGCCAACUUAUAUUAAGAAAUCAGGUCUGGUGAUUGAAGACGAUGAAGAAGAGAGUGAAACAGAAGAUGAGGAAAUGGAGCAAAAUGAUAAUGAUGGCUCAUUAAAAGUAGACGAGGAAUUUGAAUCAUCAACAAAACGUCGUAAGAUUGACACAUCUGAAUCUAGCGUCGGUGGAAAUGAACAACCAGAACAAAACCUCCCAAAAAUAGUACCUGAAGAUAGUAAGACAAAUGAAAAGAUAUUUACUAAUGUGAAUCCAGAACUGAUAAUUCAAUUUGCUGAGACAUCUGAAAAGGUUGAAGAUGUUGUUCCUGAACCCGAAGCUACUAGAACAGAGGUCCUUACAGAAAGCACCUCCGAAGCAGUUCCAACUUUAGAAAAUCAAAUUGCGACAUCAAUUACAGUAGACAAAGAUGAAAACGAUGAUUCAGAUUUUGAAAUGCCAGAUAUCGUAGUUGGUGAUGAUGAUUCUGAUGAUGAGUAA